GACUACCUCAAGGCUCCUUCAUCUACAGAUACGCUGUCAGUGCGCGGGACAUAUCUUUCCUUCCUUCUGGGUUAUCCUGUGAAGCGUCGCCAUGUCACUCACUCAGUCGGUGGGCAUCUUUUGGUGCUAUGAUGAUUGCCCUUUAACCUCAAAUCGAGCAAAUGCUGAUAUACUGAACGAAAUCCAGAAGUUAGGACUACAGUAUGGCCCCGUGAGAGUGUUCAACGCGUAUGUUGGGGAGUCGAAGCUAUCGGACACCCAACGGGCGGAAUUUCUGGUCAACGGUCUCACAUUGAGUGAGAUUCCUCCUGUGAAAGAAUCCGAUGCCGGUAUAGAGAAGAGACUGAUAGUAGACAUGCUGGCAUUCGCACUUGACAAUCCUGCACCUUCAACUUUGCUCUUGAUCUGUGGUGCUCGCGAUCUUGGUCGCGCGUUGGCCGUCCUCAGACUUCGCCAAUACUGCGUGCUUGUCAUUUGUGACAAGACUGCCACUCAACAGUUCUAUCAACAAGCUUCAAUGCUUUGUAGUUGGGAACGGGACAUAUUAAAGGCCACUCUGGCCUGUGAUAUGUCCGGAUUGCCUCCUGCAUCGGCCACUAGCAGUGAACGUCCUGUCCAACGUCCAUCCAGAGCGCUGCGGAAGGAAUUAGCACGCAUGUCAGGAUCCCUCAACCCGGCUGCACAGCCCUUUAUGGCCAAUUCUCUUCAGAUAAUAAAUUCGAACAAUGAAAAGGCUGUAACCUCGGAAGUCGCUGUAGAAAAGGUCCAACCUUGCGUUGCCGCUGGCGGUGUCCGGUGCCGUACCGUUUUCAUCAAGGACUUAAACGAUGUGGUGUACCCUGAGGGUAUACGACGACCACAGCCUACACUGAACAUCAACGCAGUGCCGGGAAAAUUCAGAUAUGACCGCGAAUUUCUCCUACAAUUCAUGACUUUAUGCAAAGCGACACCAGAUGAUUUGCCAGAGCUGGCUGUUCUUGGGUUGCUGCCGAGAAACAGCAUUCCUGUAAGGAGUGGGAACGCAGCUCCCCUGACAACGAUGAGACAGUAUGCCAUCACUGCUCGCCAUGGUACAACAACCUUGAACGCAGGACAACGAUGUGACUAGUGCCUAAAAUGGCCCGGUGGACCCUAUGUGCCUCUUGUAUUCGCCUUUUAUUGGGUUGCCUGAGAGAUCAGCUCCCGUCGUUGUUGAUUCGACCCUGUCCUUCUCACGAUGUGUACAAUAGCCACGUCCCCCUUGUGUACCGAACCGAUGUCAAUGGUAUAACGCGCGGCAUCUUCGGCCAAUGGUUUCAUUGUC